AUGUCAACCAACGAUUUGCAAGCUCUCUUUGCCCACCUGAGACCCAAGAAUCGCGAGUCAUCAACACCUUCUCACACCUCCAACACUACUCAUCGAUCUAACUCAAACGGAAAUCCGCCUCAGCUGUCUGGUUCCUCACCACUGCCUUCGAGCCCUCCACCGUUUGCCUCUGUAUCAUCCUACAACCCGGUGGCUUCCCAGCCGGCUAGCGGCUCCUCCGCAUCUGCUCAGUCUCUGCUGAAUUUGCUGAACUUCGUGCCGGCCACCACCACGUCUACAGAUCCUGGCGCCGCAGCCUGUCCUCCUGCAAAUGCCCAAGAGCAAGGACAAAACGAUAUUGGAGAGGGAUCUACUCCCGCUGAGGUCACUAAACAAGCUUCGGGAAUGUCUGGGCCAGAGCUACUGGCAAAGCUUCUGAACCCUCCACCUGCUGGAGUACUGGAUAAUACAAGCUCUCCGUUCCACUUGGAGGACCAAGGCGGAGGCGGAGGGGGGGAAAGAACAACGUCCACUACUAGUCGGGAUCCGUCCCAAGAUGCAUUACUCAAGCUCCUCAGCAAGGCCCAUCCGACAAACUCUCCAAAUGGACGAACACCUUCCGUGGAGAGAUUACGACCACAACCAUCCGAUGGCGAUACGGAACGACCAGCCCAAACAGAGCCGCCAUUUCACCUAUUUGGCCCCGAUGCAGGCGCAGGACCGCUCCCACCGUUUGAGGAAUCCAAACCGGAAAACAAGCCACCCACUCAGAACCGACCCAUCUUUACUUACACCAACCCUUUCGAAGCGUUGAAUGCUUCACGCUCUCAAACCCCCAAGUCGGGCACCGCCGUCCCUAUCUUCCAUAACCCUGAUGUUGCUCAACCAAGCGUAGAGAGUGGGGACGACCAACUUUGGGAAGGAGCUUCGCGCGUGGCUACGGCUGAGCAAGCCGCCAGGAGAAAGAUCCAGACACCCAGGCUACCUUCCACAAGCAAACACAGCACAGUCUCAUGCGAAGCUUCGGUCUCGGCACCGGAUCCGGAAAAGGAUGUCGGAGAAGAAGUUCCUCCUGCCGACGACGGGUUGGUGUCUAGCUCAUCACAGUCGGGUCCAACAGUACCUAAAGAAAUGACCAAGGAUGAACCCGUUGUUGAUUCCGACGAUGGAACCAAACAUGAUCAAAAUCAAAAUGGCGGACAGGCCACGGAUCAUCAAGCCGAGGGCGGAGAUGAAUGGGAAGACGCUGAAGAUUCUCCAAAUAAAGGAUUUCCCCAGCGAACCGUGCCUGUGUACAAUUUCCCGAUCAAGCCCUUUGUGUCAAUUACACUUCAACUUGGUGCUAGCUCGGGAAUCGUUAUUCGGGACGAUGGAGUUAUGGAGAUUUCGCGCCUGAAGAAAGACUUUGAUCAGUUGGAUCGUUCCUUGGCAGCAGCAACUUCAAAGUACAUCACCUAUGCCCUUGUCAAGAACGGUGGUAUGCGUAUCAUCAGACAGGACGACGGCAGCGACCGACAGGUGUUCAAAAAUUCCCAUGAUCGUAUCUUUAAUGUUGCUGUGUGUACGAACUCCACAACGGGCGGUCCUUCGGAUGAUCAGGCUGUUCUUGGAACCGGGGUGAGUGGCGCCGUGUACUAUGCAACCAUUUCCAAGAACGGCAAAGAUUUGUUUGAGAAGAACGGACUUGAGUCUGAAAGUCUGAUUUUCCCUCCUUAUCCUCCAGCCGACGAGAACACGGCCGGAGGCGUUUUAAAGACGCGGGCCAAACGAAGUUCGCGCCAUCCGGAAUUCUUCGCCAUUGGAAGAGGGAAGUCGAUUCAUCUCGUCUGGCCUGCCGCGGCUAUCUCUCCGCGAUAUGGCAUCACCGAUUUUAAUCGGCGAGUUGACGUUGACAAGCUUUUCCAAGAACGAGCUCUGCAAAUUUACACCGGGAAGGCAGGCAAAGACUUCACGUUCAGCGAGGAUGAUAGUGUCAUAGUAUCUCUGGACAAGACCGGAAGACUAAGAUUCUGGGAUAUUCGAAAGUUGACCGAGGAACCCAAUGCCACUGCCGCACGUGUGGCCAGUAUGACUGUCGAUAUGCCACUAUUGUCACUUUCCACGGCAUCGCCCGCCGAAAAGUCAUGGCCGACUUCCGUUCUUUUCGUUGAUAAGGCCCGGCCGUACGUCAAAGGAGGAGCUUUGCGAUAUGUUCUCGUCGGAUUACGACAAAAUCAUACCCUCCAGCUGUGGGACAUUGCCUUAGGAAAGGCCGUUCAGGAACUCAAUUUUCCCCACGAGAACGAAACCGAUGGAAUCUGCAGUGUCAGCUAUCAUGCCAAUAGCGGUAUUAUUGUGGUCGGCCAUCCCACCCGAAACUCACUAUUUUUUAUUCAUCUCUCGGCCCCACGAUACAGCCUCAGUUCAUCUUUGUCCCAAGCGGUAUACGUUCAACGCAUUUCUAUGAAGGACCCUGAGCUCCCCAAACCAGAAUCUACCGCUUGUAUGAGCGGCAUACGUGAGAUCUCUUUCGCCGAGAAAGGUCAGUUGAGAAGUGUUGAACUACUGCCCAUCCAUCGGCCGGCGGAAGCACAGAAGGCAGUCGACGAAAAGACGCCGCUAUUCGAGCUUUAUGUCGUUCAUUCGAAAGGAGUCACUUGUUUGAACAUUACCAAAGAAGACCUUGGAUGGAAUGCAGAGAGCAAAGUUGUCCAUGGCAUUGAUGCUGCCAAAGAAGGUCUCGUAAACUUGAAAGAAUUAAGACUUGGGAGUGUGAUUGAGGAGGGUCCUCGUGGCAAAAGUCCGGCGGAGGAGGUGCACCAAUCCAGCAAAGCUUCCAAGAAGAAGACGGGAAAGAAGCUUUCGUCUGUUGCGGACCGUGAUGGGGCCGUCCCAAGUGAAACUCAAGACGUUCACAAGCCGGCGCACCCUCUCAGCAGUGGUGCCCCUGAACUACAGAGCCAUACGACCAAUGGUGAAUCGGCAUUGACCAAAGAAAACAAGAAAAGCAAGAAGAAAGCGGCACAGCACGCGGAGAUGCCUGCGUCAUCAAUAUCUACGCCACGGACAGCGUCGCCAACCAAAGCUGUGCCGCCAUCGAAAGACAUCCCGCCGGGUGCAGAGUUGACCCCCUUUGAUGACAAUGCCCCCCAACCUGGCGGGGCUCAUCCUUCGACGGCUUCGGCUAUCGAGAUGGACAACAAAUCUGAUGCAGUCACAGUGGGAAUCUCCGGUGACUGGUUGGAUAGAGAGCUGAAGAAGGUGGAACGUGCCGUGUCAACCGAAUUUCGCAAGGAACUCAAUGUUUUGUACCAGAACAUCCAGAAUGAUCGUAUGGUGCAAGACUCCUCAUCUGUUGCACGUCAGGAAGCACUUCUUCGGCUGGUGUCUACCACCCUGACCAAUAAUGUGGAAAAGGCUCUAUCCCGCAUACUCGCUGCACAGAUGCAUCAAUCCAUGGUCCCGGCGCUCACGGGAGUCACUGUCCAAGCCGUGAGUAGCCAAGUAGGCGAAGCCGUGGCGAAAUCUCUCCAUUCGCUUGUUCCCCACGAACUUGGCGUUCAAUUGCCCGUAGCAAUCAAUUCAGCUCUGCAAAGCCCCCAGAUGAGCCGGACUAUAGCGGAGACCAUAUCUCAAAGGAUAUCCAAACAGACCGAAAGCCAACUCGCCGACCUUUUGCUGAAGCAAGUCGUCCCAGCUUUCAAGACUCUCGCAUUUUCGACUGCGGAGAAGGCAGCGUCCGAAGUAGAAGUUCGACUCCGAAAUGAGAUCCGCCAGUUGGAAAGUGACCGACGCCACGAUAUGAAUCGACUGGAAAAGCUUGGUCAAGUUCUCCAAGCUACCGCAGAGACUCUGCAGCAGAUGUCCGAUACUCAGGUAGCCUUCCAAGGCCAGAUUCUGAAGGAUCGCCGCCAGCUAGCUCUUCUUGGGGAGAAUAGCUCACCAGGCGCGUCACGACAAGUAUCCACGGCUCGAAUGACACCCUCUCCUCGGCCAAUUCCUCAGCGAACAAAGACGAAGGAGGAAUCAGAACUGGAAGAGAUAGCUCAACUAAUGAAUGAGGGCCGCUACGAAGAAGGUUCAAUCAAAUGGUUGCAAUCCAGCCAACCUGUGGAGCUUUUCGACCAACUUUUCAUCCACUUCACUCCCGAAUAUCUGGCCACGGAUGUGUCGCCUCUCAUUGCUUUCUCGAUUGCCAUCACGAUUGGCAAUUCUCUAACAACCAAUACCCUUCAAAGACUGGAAUGGAUUUCUGCUGCCUUCAAUGCUGUCGAUUCUUCUGACCCAGAAAUAGCGGACCUCGCACAGCAUGCUCCAGCACUGCUGAGCUCCCUUAUUCAGAAACUUGAGAGUCUUUACAUGACAAUGGCAGAACGCGAUCCAAGAGAUCCUGCCUUGCACAUCAUGCCAGCGGUUUCAAAGAAGGCGAAGGAUAUGAGGGCGUCGUUGCAGGACUCUGUGGGAUACGGUCGGUCUGCCCCGACUCUCUAG